GCGGCGAGUAUACCCCCCGAAUCCAGCUCCGGCGAGCGGAGCACCGUUUGUUCCACCUCCACUCCGCUUAUUUUGGAGAUUGCCUAAUACGGCAAGCCUCGCCUCGAGCUUCCCCCCGUCCCUAGGAUUGGCAGUCCCUUAUAGAGCUUUGCUUCCGAUUCGCAAGGCCUUGCAGUAUCUGGAUGUUGACGUUGUACCCUGUUUUCGAAAACCCGAAAAGUUAUUGCCGAAGUCAUGGCUCCAAUCUGCCCCCCUCGAGGAAUCUACGCGCCUGUUGUGGCUUUCUUUUUUGAAGAUGAGACCCUAGAUCUCGAGACGCUUAAAGUUCAUGUUACACGUCUUGCGAAAGCUGGUGUAGCUGGUUUGGUUAUACAAGGUUCGAAUGGAGAAGCACCACAUUUGCUUCAUGAUGAAAGAAAGCAGGUCAUUUCAACCGCGGCAGCCGUCUUAAAGGAAAAAGGGAGGCCCGAUGCCGUCAUAAUUGCUGGUUGUGGUGCGCACAGCACUCGCGAGACUAUUCAAUUAUGUCAAGAAGCGAAGGAGUCCGGUGCUGAUUACGCGCUCGUUCUGAGUCCAAGCUACUGGGUUGGUGCCAUGCAACCUCCUACCAUUCAAAAGUUCUUCACCGAUGUUGCAAAUUCAUCCCCCAUCCCCAUAUUACUCUAUAAUUUCCCCGCCGUAACUGGUGGAAUUGAUCUGGACUCCGAUCUGAUUGCGAACCUUGCUUCCUCAAACCCGGGCAAGAUCGUGGGAUGCAAAUUGACUUGCGGAAAUCUCGGCAAGUUACACCGCGUCGCCCACGAUAAACGUAUCCUAAAACCUUUCGCCGCAUUCGCCGGGAAAUCCGAGUUUUUCCUGCACGGAUUAGUGGCGGGCUCGAAUGGGUUGAUCGGUGCGGCUGUGAACUUCGUUCCUAGGGUACACGUGAAGCUGUUAGAACUUUACGAUGCGGGAAACCUGGCCGCGGCUCAGGAACUACAAACUCAACUAAGCGAAACGGAUUGGGUCCUCGUGAGAUUAGGUGUUGCUGGUUUGAAGGCGGCACUUGAAAAAUAUUACAAAUAUGGAGGCGGUAGGAGUAGGCGGCCGCUCAAUCCGGUGCAGAGCAGCGCCUUUUCCGGGGACAAAGAUGCUAUCUUACAACAGAUAGUUGACCUAGAAGCGUCCCUCUGAUACCUAUAAAUUGAAUAUCUACGAUCUAAUUAUCUACGAGACUCAAACCGUAAUCCCAAAGUCGACCCUA